UAACUCUGACAUGAUUUAUGUUUAUAUUUAUUAUGUCGUGAGAUCCUGUGAUAAGCGCCUAGAUCAAGUUAUGCGAUAUAUUCGAGGUCCUAAUGUGAGGUGUUCAGUUGCGGCCACAUUAUGCAGUUGGGACUACUAGAAAUCCAGCACUGCAACGUCAUGCCACCUCUACAUUCAUGCUCAUGCCCUUCUCUGAUUUGAUCUUUGAUGCACUCCCUCUCUACCGUAUAAGCUGUAGAUCUUUCCAUGAAAUCGUAGCCAAUUGCAAUGUCUCGCCUCCUCCCGUAUGCUCAGGUAACAAACUUGAGGACUGACUAUACCUAGAGUGUUAAGUUAACCUUGGCUCACUUCGCGAUCAAAAUAUCUGGAAUCGUGGCUCGAGCCGAUAUAAUCCUAUCUUUUCCCUCUAGCCCUCAUAUUCCGCUCAACUUCCCAUACAUUCACUGAGCUGGAGAUGUCUGAGUUAGACUUUUCGAACUUAUCACCCAGCGAUCUCGAACAAGCUCUUGAUGGAUCUGCCAUUAACCCACCACCCGGUGUUGUUCCUGAUUUCGAGCACCCCCCGAAUAAGAACACUGUAGCUCUAUUUUCGCUCCUCAUCUGUCUGACUGCAUCGACAUUAUCACUUGCCAUUAGGACCUAUGUCAGGUUUAUCAAGCUCAAGCAAAGACAUAUUGGAGAUUAUUUGAUAAUCGUGGCAUACAUUCUCUAUCUGCUGGUAAUACAGGGUUCCCUACGACGUGUUAGCGACGCAGGAGGUUUAUUCGUACACGAAUGGAAUAUGCGUGGAAGAGAUAUGAGCCCAUACCUCAUAAUUAUAUUUCUGGGUAUGUGUUUCUGGGUAGGAACAAUGAUGCUCAUCAAAUCGUCCAUCCUCAUCGAAUGGAUACGAAUUUUCGCUCCAACGAACAGACAAACCUUCUUUCCUAUGAGCUGCAAGAUCUUACUCGUAUUUAAUAUCGGCUUCUACGUUUCGAUUUUCGUUGCAUUGAAUUUGACUUGCUUUCCAUAUCGAAGGAUAUGGGAUAAGACGGUUCCCGGAACCUGCAUCGACAUCAAGAUAGUCAACCUUGUGGCUAUUGUCAUCAACUUUUUACUCAAUAUUGCUAUUCUGAUAUUACCGCAAAGAAUUAUCUGGAAGCUCCACAUGUCAACCAGCAAAAAAAUCGGUAUUUCUGCCGUCUUUGCUGUAGGUAUCUUCGCCUGUGUUGCUGCGGGGGGUCUACUACAGGCCAUCUCUGGGUGGAUAUUGUCGGAAGAUAUGAGCUAUCAUUAUUCAGGAGUUGCACUCUGGGCCAUUGCUGAAUCCACUUGUGGUAUCUUGAUUUUCUGUGUCCCGGCUGCUCCCAGCGCUUUCCGUGACUGGCAAACUCCAAGGUGGUUCCUCAGACUUAAAUCAUGGGUAGAAUCAUCUAUGAAGAACAGGAGACGCUCCAUGAGGCGUGAUCAAAGGCCAUGGCCUCGUACGACCCUGGCUUCGAUGAAGCCUCACGAAUACGAAUCUAUCAACGAGGCACAUCCAAUCGUCCUCCAGGAAAUGAGUUCUAUGCGACCGACCGAUCAACAGUACGGAAUUAUCUGCACGACAGACAUUUUAAUCACGGAAAGCUACGACAGAAGAGAUCAACCUAAUAAUGGAUAUCCAUGGAAUUCCGGCAAUUGAAGGCUCCGGAGGCAACAAACGAAAAGGGCUUAUGGUGGCGCUUGUAGGAUGGGGGUAACGAGACACGAUCGGUAGGCUGAAUCUAUGUACCUAUAGCUGAGAUUUGAUGAUCUCAGCCUCGUUAUUGUAUACAUCUGUAUAUGCUUAGGUAUCCUACUAGAUAGAUAUCAAAAUAGCCUCGACUAUAUUCGUAGAAAGUGCAUCUACCUUGAAUAAUUG